UAGAUUGGAAAGUUUUUUGAAACGGGGAGAAGACAUUUUAAAUACUUUCUCUCAGUCCAUCAAAGGUUUCGAGGUCCAUGCAAAGCAAAUGGAAGAACUUUCAAAUACGGUCGGCGAAAUUCAGACAGAAUUGAAUUUAAAAAGGAAAGAGCCAACGGCAUCCACUUCGGGAACAAAUGAUCAAGUACCACUAAAAAAGAAAACAAGAACAGAAAAUGUUUCAUCAGAAGAUGAGAGCGAUACUGGGGAUGAGCUAGAAAGAGUUUUAAAUGAUAAUAGAGAAGAUAGUUCAAAGGAGGACGAGGAGGAUAUGGUACAAGACAUAGAUUCAUUUUUUGAUGAAGAAUCUACAUGUGGGGACGAUAUAAAACAUGUUGCACUAGCUGAAGCCAUAAACAAAAGUUUGAGGUGCCAAAAAACUGACCAGGAAAAAAUUAAACAACUCCUAGAUAAAUACAAAAGACCUGGCAAUAUAGACAAUUUGCAAAUACCACGGGUAGACAAUUUUCUGUGGGAGCAGCUGAAAGGGCAUACAAAAUCCCAAGAUGUCCACAAGCAAAAAAUGCUUGGGGUGCUGAACCAAUCAAUGGUGCCCCUGCUUCGGGCAAUGGAUCACAUAGUUGGGAAUAAAGCGCCAGACAGCAACACAUUAAAAACGUAUAUCAGUGAUGCAGUUAAGAUCAUGACGGGAGAGGUUAAUAAAACUAACCAACAAAGAAGAGAAGCCAUCAAAAAAGAAGUUUUCCCCAGAUUUAAAUCUCUUUGCACAGAUGAUCAACCGAUAUCAGCCACAGGGUUAUUUGGUGAUAAUUUGGCUGAUAAAAGUAAAAAUCUGGAUGCAUCUAAAUCAGUACAGAUGACCCCUAAAGGAUCAAAUAAGAAGAAUUUUUUAUUCAAACGAGGGGGGGAAAGACCAUCAGAUCAAAGGCCACAGACACAGAACCGAUUCCCUCCCUCUCAUCCACAGUCAACAUCACACAGUCACUGGAAACAGCCAGUAACAAAAUACAGAAAUUCAGAAAAGAGCUUCGGGAAUUUCAAGAAACCAAGGACAUAUCCCCCAGGCCAAAAGAAAAGAACAAUGUAAAUCAGCAUUCUCAUUCCAAAGAUCUUACAGAAGGUAGAGACAGACAGGGCAGAGGCUCUCUUAGUGGCACCAAUAUGGAAAACGCAGAAUUGGUGGCCUUAUCUACAAAAAAUGUUGUGCCAGAAUUGGCUAAUACUUCCUCCGGCCAGAAAAAUCUUGCGACUUCAGCACAAACCGGAGCACAAACAUCCGCUGAAACAUCUGAGACUAGGUGUUUUUCGUAUAUCAGGGACGCAUUACGAAAGCAAAACAUCGUGGACGAGUCAGCAAAUAUCAUAAUGUCAUCAUGGCGCAAAUCUACCAAAAAGAUAUAUGCUGUUUAUAUUAACCGCUGGAUUAAGUUUACUGAUAAAAAUAAUUUUAAUCCACUGGCGCCUAAACCUGCUAAUGUGAUAACAUUUUUAACCUCUAUGUAUAAUUCAGGUCUGGGAUACAGUGCCAUUAAUACAGCGAGAUCAGCUAUUAAUCAGUUAGUUCACAUGUGUUCGGGACUGGAUUUUAAGUGUUGUACUGUAAUAAAUAAAUUUAUGAAGGGUGUGUUUGAAUUAAGACCUGCUUUACCAAAAUAUAACCAUAUAUGGGAUGUUCAGUCAGUGCUAGAUUUUAUUAAACAGUUACCAUCAGAGUUGACAUUGAUGACAUUAACAGGAAAAUUGGCAGUAUUGUUUUUAUUACUAACAGCACAACGCUGCCAAACAUUACAUUUAAUUUGUUUAGAAGAUAUCAUAUUUGUAGAUAAUAAAAUGAUCAUUAAACUUAACCAUAUGUUAAAACAGUCUAAGCCAGGCAGACACCCCGCACCAUUACAUCUAAACGAAUAUUCAGCAGACCAAAGGUUGUGCAUAGUGACAGUAUUCAAGGAAUAUAUUGAGAGGACGAAAAGUCUAAGAAUGAAUAAUAAACUUUUGAUUGGGACACAAAAACCCCACAAAUCUGUAACUAAGUCAACUGUUGCUAGGUGGAUAAGAAUGUUUUUGAAUAAGGCUGGGGUACUAGAGCAUUAUACUCCCCAUAGUAUAAGGACAGCAGCAGCAAGUUCUGCAAACUCUAGAGGCAUUCCUCUUUCUUGUAUACUUAAAACUGCGGGCUGGCAACAUGCUAGAACAUUUAAUAAAUUUUAUAAUAAACAGAUUGUGGAAGAUCAUACUAUGCAAAUGUGCUUACUGGAUUAGUAAAUUGUCAUAAUUUUAAAAUGUGCUUUGCCUUGUAUUCAGUGUUAUACUUUACAUGUACAUGAUUUCAAAAAAUUAUUAUUUCAAAUACAAGUAUAACACCAUAUGGAAGUUAUUUGUCAAAUCAUUUAUUUUACAAAAA